AUUUAAAGGGGCAGUUUGUAAGAAUUUAUGUGCUUUAUUAAUGAAAAUCAAUGUCUUUAUUCAUAAAUAUGUCGUCAUUGGUGUCAAAUGACCUCUGCCGAUGAUCUGACUUUCCUUUGUAAGCUUAGAAUUUCUUCUAUUUACUUACAUUGGACGGGUAAGCUCAAGUAGGCUUCCAUGUCGUUACGCCAUAUUUAAAAACUACGAUUAGCAGAGCGGGACACAAAGCACUAGCCUACAGCAACGCGUUUCCACAACGCGUUUUCUUUCAGAGCCAGCAUCACCACGUGAUCCAGCUGAAACGGACGGCGAGGCGCAUGCGCCGCUUUGCACAGCACGGUUACGAACAACACAUCACAAUGGAUGAUCAUACUUACGCCGAGGCAAAGAGUAAGGAAUUAUCCGAGCCAACCAAAAAGGAAUUAAAAAGGAAACGUGACAGGCGAAUUCAAAAAAGUAGAGUAAAUAUCGGGAUAGCUUUUAGCAGGUGGAAAGAGCUGAUGAAGGCGAAAGAAUUCCAAAGGGAUGCUGAAGUUGCCUGCUUUCUUCUCGACAGUUAUGAGAGUACUCUUUUGAUUGGGAACACAUCAACCCCCAUGAAGUCAAAACAUUUUCAAGUACCUACUGCUCCAGCAUUAUCAAGCAUUUCCAGUGGAACAGAUAGGGAUGAACAUCUGAGUGCAAUAGUAGACGCACCGGAAAUUGGAACCCUUGAGCAGAGCAUGCAUGACAUGAGCAUUGAUGAGGAGGAGUUGAACGAAAAUGCAUUCAAUGACCCCAUGAACAGUGUGAUUGAUUGGGCAGAAGAGGGGCCCUCAUGUCAUGGUGACCGGGAUGAUAGCUCUGAUGAUGAAUAUCUUCCGCCAAUUUCUUUGCGAAUGGGUGGUGCAUUGAAGGGAGCAGAGGUAAUUGAAAAUCUCCCAACUAUCGGGAUUGAUGAGACUGUGCACGACCUGACUGCGCCCGACCAGACUGCCCCUACGUAUGAGCCCAUGAGUCUUGAGCUGCCAAUUUUGCCAGGCCCUCAGAAGGUCCUCAGUGAUGAUGACAUCGUUGGCGUCAGAGCAGCAUUGCUCUAUGAGAACUGUUUGAGGCAGCUUGUCACAUUUUUAACUCUGCCUGUGAACAGAUGCACUGGUGUCUUGAGGACUGGUUUGGUGUGUGACAGUGUUGGCCCUUUUUCAACAAACAUCACCUUCAGGGGCACUGCAAUGAUCGUUGAAUGGGGCUGCCCCAACGGACAUUGCCUGUGGCGGUGGAAUUCCCAGCCUGUGAUGAAGUUUGGCAUGCAGGCUGGGGACUUUCUUCUUUCCACAAACAUUUUACUUUCCGGAAACAACUAUGCUAAAGUUGCUCUCCUCUUCAAAUUCAUGAACAUGCGAAUGGUCAACCGUUCCACACACUUCACCAUCCAGGACACGUACUGUAUUGACCCUAUUAAAGAAUUCUGGGAAGAGAAGAGGUCUGAGGCCAUUAGCCGACUUCAAGGGAAAGAAGUUGUGCUUCUAGGUGAUGGCAGAAAUGACUCACCAGGACAUUCUGCACAAUACUGCAGUUACACGACCAUGGAGCUUGACUCUAAGGAAAUUGUGCAUGUGGCCACUAUAGACAAGCGGCAGACCAACUGGAACUCCAAUAUAAUGGAGAAGCAAGGUUUUAUACAGACAGUGGACAAGCUUACCCAAGAGAUAAAGGUCGUGGAGUUCUGCACGGAUGCUCAUGUCCAGAUUGCAGCCCUCUUGAACCCAGACAAAGGCAGAUAUAAGGAUCUGAGAAUUCACCACAGCCUGGACAUGUGGCAUGGUGCAAAAAGUCUUGCCAAAAAGAUCUCUACUGCUGCAAAGAUGAAAGGACAGGCUGUUCUCCUUCACUGGCUGAGGGAUAUAGUGAACCAUUUCUGGUGGUGUUGUAAGACAGCAGAGACAUUUCAGGAAUUUCUUGGACUUUGGAUUGGAGUUCUACAUCAUGUUUGCAACAAUCACACCUGGGAAACGGGGAGCUGCCAACACGAUCACCUUGAAGACAUUCAGGGUAAAGAGUGGAUUGAAAGAGAUUCCAAGAGUCACAAAGCACUAGUGGAUAUCGUCCUCAACAAGCGCUGGCAGAAGGAUGUCCACAAGUAUCUGCGCUUCAGAUCAACAGCACAUCUGGAGUCAUUUCAGAAUCACAUUCUGAUGUAUGCCAGCAAGCGCCAGGCCUUCACUCCCCGAGUGUAUGAUGCAAGAGUUGUGCUCGCAGCUCUGGACUACAAUUUUCAUCGUGAACGUCCAGCAUACAGGACGGCUGAGGGCCAACAACUUUUUAAGAAGAAGUACAACAAAAAUGCAAGAAGAUACAGCCUUUACACUGUAAAGUGUGAAAAAUCAUAUGCUUACAUCCCUGAGUUGCAAGCACGCAUCUUAAAAGGGAGAUUCACAAGCGGAGUUGGGAUGCCACGAAAGAGGACUCUAUGCCCCGAUGAUCCAAGGCGGCUUGGUGUUGUGCCCCCGAUACUUCCACCACCGACAUCAGAGUUGUUGCGUACACACGUCAGCAGAGGUUUAGGAUCAGCCUUUCAUGCUACUACCAACUUGGAGGCAGAUUAAGCUGUUGUUUUGUUGGUAUUCGAGUUAUUAGCACAUGUCCAAAAAAAUUGUAAAUAUUAAUAAAUCUACAACAUUUAUUUCAAUCUUUUUGUGUAUCAAUUUUGUUAUUGCAAUCUAAUUUUGAUAAUUUUAUCUAUCUCUAGUUUAUGAAAAAUACAGCACUGAGUCAAAUAAAAAACUUUUAUUCUUUGUAACAAACUUAGAAGUGAACACAAAGGUAGAAGUGAAUACAAAAUAUAUAUAAAAAAUAACUAUUUACAAAAAUUCUAAUGGCAAUCUUUUAGAUUCCUGGAAUGUAGCCGGUGUAUUGUCCAUGAGGAUCUGGGAAUUUUUCCCUAAUUCUGGAAACACAGCAGCUGGGAAUCACUCUCCUGUUCCCCUGUCCUAAUGCGCCAUGCUGCCAGAAAAUAAAGUGUCUGUAAGCUGCAUGUCUGUAUUCUCUGUUGUCAUCACCGGGCUCCCUAACAUUUCCAAACGCUGUGAGGUCCUCCCUGUAUUGCCUAUGUAUCCGCAGAUAACCCUCAUCCAAGCAGUAUUGCGUGAAAUGUGGCAGGAGGCUCACACAGUGGACUGGGUCUUGUCCACAGCAUUUCCGCUCCCUGUCCGUCGGCAUGUCUCUGCAGUGGCUACAGGUACACCAAGGUAGUCCUGGUACCUCCGCAGAUGUAUAGGCACCAUGUCUUUGCUGAUGCGUAAACAAUAGGUCAAAGAUCAGUCCCGGCUGCCUCUCUAACAUUCCAGCUGUGAGGCGUCUGUGAUCAUCUAGGGUCAUAUCCUGCAGAAGUCUCUGAAGAUAUGAAAUGAAAUAAGAUUGUGUUAGGCCAUUAGAUAUACAGCCAGGUAUGUAUUAGGGUAGAUCUAUAUAGCCAACAGUUUGAACAUGUUUUGCAGUAUGUGUACUGUAGGCAAUGCUGGGAUUUUAUUUAUCAGUGUUAACAAUAUAAAAUGUUAUCAGGGUGCACAAGAAAACAUUGCUCUCUAUAUCACUUUCUACAGGUCUUUUAUUUUCAAAAGCAAUGAAUUAGCUCACGUUGUGUCUAUUGAAAACAUUGUUCUCUAUA